AUGGCUAAUGCUUGUGAUCGUUGUGCCAAAACUGUAAAAUCGGAGGAAGAUUUCGUUGAGUGUUCGGGUUUUUGCCAUCAUUUGGUACAUAUGAAAUGCGCAAAACUCAACAAGCCGUUUCUGAAAGUUUUGGACGAAAAUCCCAAGCUGUUUUGGAUAUGCGAUGAGUGUUGUAAACUGAUAAAACUUGCUCGUUUCCGUGACUCGGUUUCUUCGUUUGGAAGCGCAUUUGCAUCUAUCACAGAGAGAACAGAAUCGAUUUUUGCUGAGCUGAAGGCCGAAAUUAAAAAGAAUAGCCAGCAAAUAUCUCGUCUCUCGCGCAAAGUGCCUGUUUCGUCGCCGCUGCCGCCCAAGCCCGACGGAUUUGGUCACAAUGCGAAGCGUCGUCGGGAAGAUAGUUCUGAGCCAAGUAAAACUUUGGAAUGUUGCCGGAAACCAUCGAAUAACUGUAAUAUCACCACAGUUCCAACGCCCUGCUCCCUCGUAUGGAUUUACUUGUCACGUUUUCACCCCAGCGUUAGUAAGGAGAUGGUUUCGCAGCUAACAAAAGAUGGUUUACAGUGCAGCGAAGAUGUCACGGUCAUCCCGCUGGUGAAAAAAGAUGUCGACGUAAAUACUUUGAACUUUGUCUCCUUCAAAGUUGGGAUACUGCCCAAAUUUCGGGAAGCGGCUCUUAAUCCCGACACAAGGUGUUUUGUUUCGCGAGUUCGAAGACAACAAAAAGCAGAACAUCUGGUAUCCUCCAAUCGAUAUUUCUCCACCGAUUCCCGACGAAAAUGUAUGCAGCACCGUUAUGAAUGUAGACGAAGUAACACCCAGUCCGCUCCGUUUGAUGAGAACACCGCCCCGGCAAACGUUAUGAGAGUACAAUGGAACCACACCGGGACGCACUGGAGUUGA